GUCGCUCACCCAUACAGUGCAUGUUGUCAUAUCGCGUAGGAAAGCAGUCAAGUCUUUCAUCGAUCAAAUGAGUGAUAUUUUUAGCUCGAACUUUGAAUUCCAACUACACUCUAAUCACCCUCCCGGCCUUUCUAUCACCCAUGGACCACACUCACUCUAUUCAAUUAAUGUUCUCACAGCCCAACGUUAACUCAACCCAACCGCCCCCGCCUUAAGCACCUCACUGCUCGCUGCAGCCGCAGAUACCCUCACUGCAUUCUACUGGCACAACCUACCGCAUCUCCAUGCUCCCUGCACCUACCUCCACCCAGUUGUAUCCUUCCAGGGACACCCAACUCGACCUUUCACUUUUCGUGACCUCUGGUGCCUACCCACUGCCUGACGCCCCAGACCGUCACUUCUCGGACCCUGUAACACCCUGUUGCACAUCCCUACAUCCUGACAACACACCAUUUCAACACACCGAAUUGUGCUCCCUCCCGUGCCUCACAUGCAUAAACACGGCCUCCUUCAGACUUCUGUACCUUCCUGGGUGCCCGGCUGCACUACCCCUUGCGCUCUUGCGAACUCCCGCCAUAAACCCUAUAGGCGAUGAAGAAGACCUGAAAGCUAAUCUACCCAAAUCAUCCCUUGAUGAGGACGAGGAUAGCGGGAGUGACUUCGCACUGGACAAGCUUUCCGAAGAUGGCCCCGAGGAUUUGCAGAAUGACCCUGAAGAUCUUGAAGUUGACAAGGAGGAAGCAGAAGAAGCACCAAAACGAAUCAAGAUUCAGACUCUCACUACUACUGCAGGCGUCCAUCAUCGACACCGAGCCAUGCUGGUUUUUCUUCGCAAGGAAAAGGUCGAGCGACUUGAUGCUCCUCCUACGCUCUUCAACCCACCAAACAUCGUGUCAACCAAUAGUAUGACAUCAGAACAAUUUCUAACCGAUCGCAUCAGCAAGGUUUGGGGUUACAAUGUCGGCCCUGGUCCUGUAUGGAAUAUCAUGGAAGACCGGUCAUGCUUCAAGGAUCCUUUGGAAGGGGAAGAGAACAUAAUAAAUGAGUCGUUUCAGGCGUCCCGGAGUCCAUCAAGUGAUAGUGAUACUGCGAGGUAUUCACCCACUGACGCUGUGUUAACAGAUGAUAGUCAGCUGCAGCCCCCUGCUCCUGCGCAUUACUUCCUUGGACCGCAUGGUCGCCAGACUCGCGUUGAGAUGGCCAUGUUCGAUAGUCAUGUUACAUUAGAAUAUGUGCCUGGAAGCAAAUCUUUCAUGUUCAACGUCGGAUCUCCUGCGUGGGGCGCAGAUUGGUGCCCGACAUAUCCAGAUGACCGACCCCGUAAGACACAGCAUUCCCUCGUCGGGACUCUCUUCCAGCGUUCCGCAAAGCUGCCACUAAACCUCGUCAGAUGCGAGUUUAACAGCAAGUAUAUGCACACAUCCUCCUCAUUUUCCGUCUGUCUGACAGUUGCCCUGCAGUUCCUCGCUGCCAUCAGAAGAUAUUCUCCAUGUCUUGAGUUUGUUGUCCGAAGCCAAGGGCAAUCGAGCGAAGGCGCCAGUGAUGUAGCAGGCACUAAUACGCGCCUCUCGAGGAUAAUGGACACCCAUGCAACACUUCAGCUGUCUGGGACCAGAACAGUGUGGGAGAUGGUGCAGUUCAGCGUCAGAGAACGGAGGUAG